AUGUCUGCCGCUGCUGCCUCUGGCGCUGUUGACCAGCUCGCCACUGACCUCGGCAACACCUCCCUCAACAACGGCAGCGAUGCCAAGCCCACCGUCGACACCAACGUCGCUGCCUCCAACGAUGAGCCCGAUACCGCCGGCGCUGCCCCGAGCUCGGCCCAGACCCCUCACCCUGCCGCGUCUGCUUCGCUCUACGUUGGCGAGCUUGACCCAUCCGUCACCGAGGCUAUGCUUUUCGAGCUCUUCUCUCAGAUCGGUUCCGUUGCGUCGAUUCGCGUGUGCCGCGAUGCCGUUACUCGCCGCUCGCUCGGCUAUGCCUACGUCAACUAUAACACCACCUCCGAUGGCGAGCGGGCGCUCGAGGAGCUGAACUACACUCAGAUCAAGGGUCGCCCCUGCCGCAUCAUGUGGUCUCAGCGCGACCCCAACCUCCGCAAGAGCGGCGCCGGCAACAUCUUCAUCAAGAACCUCGACGCCGCCAUUGAUAACAAGGCUCUCCACGACACCUUUGCCGCCUUCGGUAACAUCUUGAGCUGCAAGGUUGCGCAGGACGAGAAUGGCAACUCUAAGGGCUACGGUUUUGUCCACUACGAGACCGAUGAGGCUGCUUCUCAGGCCAUCAAGCACGUUAACGGCAUGCUGCUGAACGAGAAGAAGGUCUUCGUCGGCCACCACAUCCCCAAGAAGGACCGCCAGAGCAAGUUCGAGGAGAUGAAGGCCAACUUCACCAACGUCUACGUCAAGAACAUCAGCCCUGACGCCACUGACGAUGAGUUCCGCGCUCUCUUUGAGAAGUACGGCGACGUCACCUCGUCGUCCCUCGCCCGCGAUGCUGAGGGCAAGUCCCGCGGCUUCGGCUUUGUCAACUACACCACCCACGAGCACGCCUCCAAGGCUGUGGACGAGCUCAACGGCAAGGACUUCAAGGGCCAGGACCUCUAUGUCGGCCGUGCGCAGAAGAAGCACGAGCGUGAGGAGGAGCUCCGCAAGUCCUACGAGGCUGCCCGCCAGGAGAAGGCGAGCAAGUACCAGGGUGUCAACCUCUACAUCAAGAACCUGUCUGAUGACAUUGAUGAUGACAAGCUCCGCCAGAUGUUCUCUGACUUUGGUCCCAUCACCUCUGCCAAGGUCAUGCGCGACAGCCUUAUCGAGGGCGAGCAGGACAAGGAGGGCAAGGACAAGGAGAACCAGCAGAGCGAUGACUCCGAGGAGUCCGACGACAAGAAGGAGAAGAAGACUGAUCGCAAGCUCGGCAAGAGCAAGGGCUUUGGCUUUGUCUGCUUCGCCAACCCCGAUGACGCCACCAAGGCUGUCGCCGAAAUGAACCAGCGCAUGAUCGACAGCAAGCCUCUCUACGUGGCGCUUGCUCAGCGCAAGGACGUCCGCAAGAGCCAGCUUGAGGCUAGUAUCCAAGCUCGCAACCAGCUCCGCAUGCAGCAGGCUGCCGCCGCCGCCGGCGUGCCGCAACAGUUCAUGCAGCCCCCGGUCUUCUACGCUCCUGGCCAGCAGCCUGGGUUCCCUCCUCAGGGCGGCCGUGGCAUGCCUUUUCCCCAGCCCGGUAUGGGUAUGCCCGGUGGUCGUCCCGGCCAGUUCAACCCCAACUACGGUGGUCCUCAGGGUGGCCGUGGCGGUCCCAUGCCUCAGCAGAUCCCCCCCAACAUGUACAUGCCUGGCCAGUUCCCUCCUGGUGCUCCUUACGGCCAGCCUGGCAACCCUCAGUUUAUGAUGGCUCAGGGCGGCCCUGCCAUGCCCGGCUACCCCCCUAACGCCCGCCAGGGCGGCCCCGGCGGCCGUGGUGGUCCCCGUAACGGCCACCCCGGUGGUCAAUUCCCUCAGGGCGGUCGUGGCGGUGGCAACCAGCAGCAGCCUCAGCAGGCCGCUGGCGCCCCUCAGGACCUGACCCCGUCCUCGUUGCUUCAGCAGCAGCUCCAGGCCCACGCCAACAACCCUGGCCAGCAGAAGCAGAUGCUCGGUGAGCUGAUCUUCCCCAAGAUUUCUGCUAUGCAGCCCGAGCUCGCUGGCAAGAUCACCGGUAUGCUCCUGGAGAUGGACAACAACGAGCUUGUCAACCUCAUCGAGGAUGAGAGCGCUCUCCGCGCCAAGGUUGACGAGGCUAUGUCCGUCUACAACGACUACGUCAAGUCGCAGGGCGACGCUUCUGCUGAGCAGAAGGAGGAGAAGACCGAGGAGAAGGCUUAA